AUGAGUUCAUCACCAAGACGGCUAUAUACAGAAACACUAUGGGGUGCCUGGCGCCUUACCUGCUUCGAUUCUUUCGUUUUCUCAAUAAGAAAACAACAUUUUUAUGAUCAAGUGACAUCUUGGGUUUGUGAUCAUGUUUAUCAGCACUUGCAAUCAUCUCAAGUGUCUGAUGCUGCUUUUCCAGGAUCUGGUCAACGUCGUUCAUUAAUGGAGUUAGCUGAAUUCCAUUCUCGUCUCAUUUAUUUCUCUACAAACAAACUUAUUGAUUUAUUCAUUUCUCUUCUAUAUUUUUUCGUGAGACCACAGAAACUUAGAUUGGGUUAUGGAGAAGUUUAA